AUGAGUAAACUAUCGUUCCGAGCUCGAGCGCUAGACGCCGCCAAACCUCUCCCCAUAUACCGCAACAAAGACCUUCCAGACCUAAAUGACUGCGUUUCGAUCAACCGGGCUGUGCCGCAGAUGCCUACAGGGAUGGAAAAAGAAGAAGAAUCGGUAAGAAAACGUUUAAAAAUUUAGAUAUCUUACAAUUAUUUAAUGUGCACGGUAGUGUGAUUUGUAUUCUUUAUGUAUUUACGCAACAUGUUGUGCGUAUGUUUGUGUAUUUAUGCUGAGGGCCCGUCAUCUCACGCUUGUUGCGUAGUAAAUCGUAGUAUUUACGCCAUAUAUACUCUCAUAGCGUAAAUAACGAGGUUUGCUUAUGAAUGGUAGUGCUUUCUUCCACUACUGACGUUAAUGAUUUUACGUACAUUUUCUUGGUGACUUGCGCAAUGUUGCGAUUGAUAACAAACAGGCGUGCGUUGUAGUAAACUAAGCUAACAUGCAGUCAGUGCUUUCUCAUCCAACCUUGUAUAUUUCUGAAGUAACUAGUUAGCUAACUAGCUAAACAAAGAUAGUCCCUAGCUAGCUAGUUAACUUAGAGGCCAAUGAGACUCUUUUCACUAAGAAAGUAACGUUAGCUAACGUACUAAAACUAAGCAGUAGAUGUGUGGGUGACAGAUAGAUAGGAAGCCAAGGCGCCAUAAACCAACCAUGGCACACUUGUAGACUAAUGUAAUGUAGCUAGCUACUUCUCUUUGAUCAUCUGUAUUGUUGUUACAUCAGUGCAGAUGUAGUAUUGCCUGCAGUCAAACACCACUGAAAUGAGCCCUACACCUUUUCAAGUUGUUUCAGGAGGUUUCAUCACCAUAAUGCUGCAAGUUGGUUUGGUUUGCAUGUGCUGCCUAUGAACCCAUUCCAUACAGGGUGUUAUUUGCAGACAAAACUGUUUUGUCUGUUGACUGUCUGUACAGCAUAUGAAAGGCAUUCUUGCUGUCAUGAUACGGAAAAAUGCAAACAUGGUAGUUUUUGAUUGAAGAUAAGAUGCAUGUUAGUAGUGGGCAAUUCCAAGGUAACAGAAUGCUGCUGAGACUCAGAUGUUUCACUUUAAAACGUAUGUCAAACAAAAACCAGUGAUUGCAAAAUUAAACAAACCGUACAAUUCUAUGCAAAAGGAAUACUUAAAAAAAUACUUAACAGAACAUUUAACAAAAACACAUCUACUUGAAGAACAGUGCAGAUGCAAACUUUGGUAACAGAAUGUUUCUGCUGUGAUUCUGCUAACAAACUUUGCAUUGGUUAUUGUUUGACAUCUUGAGUCUCAGCAUCAUUCUGUUACCAUGGAAUUGCCCUAGUAGGUUUGUACUAUUAAGUAAACACAUUGAUCAAGCUCUCUGCUCACUGUCUUUUUACCUCCCUUACUCCCUCUCUCUCUUCCUCUUGCUCUCUAAUACACUCUCUCUUUUUGUCUGAAUUGUGCCAAUACAGGUUUUCUAAAAAUGUCAAUCUUUCUUUCCCUCAGGAGCACCAUCUCCAGAGGGCCAUCUCUGCUCAGUCCGUUUUCAGGGAGAAGAAGGAGAACAUGGUCAUCCCGGUGCCGGAGGCGGAGAGCAACAUCACUUACUACGACCGUCUCUAUAAAGGAGAGCUCAGGAUCCCCAAACAGCUCUUCCACAUCCAGCGUGAGUAGCAUUUAUUGGCAGCAGCUUCUGUAGGCUACUCCCCUCCGAUCCAACUCUCACACACAUAUUCACUCAGAGGACAAAUAUUGACAAGCUAUCAAAUGGUUUCUGAAAUGUCACGUGCCAAACCUGGAUAGUGAAUCUUUGGCCAGCCCAUCAAGCUAGCACAUCUUUGUCUGUCUGUCUGUCAGCCGAGGUUGUAGAGCAGGGGCAACCAAACUGGGACGACGUCAGAAGGUUCCAAUAUAUAAUGUAUUUAUAUAUUUUUCGAACUUAGUCGGGUUUUCAACUUACUGUUGAGAGUUAGAAAAGUAGAAUACACAAGGUGCAAUAUCUACAUUUGGUAGUGCAUCUGCAGUUUUCCACUUGUUAUGUCAGUCACUGACAGUCAGUCAAUUAGCCCAUGUCAGCUAAAAACAAAUGUCAUUGCUAGAUAAGGUAGUCUGGCCAGCUAUCUAAACCUUGUAGUAAUCAUCACCAAAUUACCUACCAGGCACGUAGGGCAUGUGCUCACGUCCAGGGGCCCCCAUUGAUCUUGUUAGUCACUCUCACUCAGAUAUCAUGUGAACAUGGCAUAAGUCAUGGCAAAAUGUGUAGAAUUGCAGGAAAUUAGCUUUAAAACAGCAAAAGUUGAUCUCCGCCCAAUGGUAAAAUGUGUAGAAUGGAAGGAAAAUACCAGGUGAAACUGAAAAAAAAUGAUCCACUACCAAGAGGGGGUGCACUAAAAUGUUUUGCCCGUGAGGUGCAGAUCUGGGGAAAGGUACCAAAAUAUGUCUGCCGCAUUGAAGGUCUCCAAGAACACAGUGGCCUCCAUCAUUCUUAAAUGGAAGAAGUUUGGAACCACCAAGACUCGUCCUAGAGCUGGCCGCUAAGCUAAACUGAGGAAUCGGGGGAGAAGGGCCUUGGUCAGAGAGGUGACCUAGAACCUGAUGGUCACUCUGACAGAGCUCCAGACUUCCUCUGUGGAGAUGGGAGAACCUUCCAGAAGGACAUCCAUCUCUGCAGCACUUCACCAAUCAGGCCUUGAUGGUAGAGUGGCCAGAAGGAAGCCACUCCUCAGUAAAAGGCACAUGACAGACCUCUUGGAGUUUGCCAAAAGGCACAUAAAUGACUCUGUCCAUGAGAAACAAGAUUCUCAGGUCUGAUGAAACCAAGAUUGAACUCUUUGGCCUGAAUGCCAAACGUCACGUCUGGAGGAAACCAGGCACCGCUCAUCACCUAGCCAAUACCUUCCUUACAGUAAAGCAUGGUGUUGGCAGCAUCAUACCGUGGGGAUGUUUUUCAGCGGCAGGGACUGGGAGACUAGUCAGGAUUGAGGGAAAGAUGAACGGAUCAAGGUACAGAGAGAUCCUUGAUGAAAACCUCAGACUGGGGCGACUGUUCACCUUCCAACAGGACAACGACCCUAAGCACACAGCCAAGACAACGCAGGAUUGGCCUCGGGACAAGUCUCUGAAUGUCCUUGAGUGGCCCAGCCAGAACCCAGACUUGAACCCAAUCGAACAUCUCUGGAGAGACCUGAAAAUAGCUGUGCAGCGACGCUCCCCAUCCAAACUGACAGAGCUUGAGAGGAUCUGCAGAGAAGAAUGGGAGAAACUCCCCAAAUACAGGUGUGCCAAGCUUGUAGCGUCAUACCCAAGAAGACUCAAGGCCGUAAUCGCUGCCAAAGGUGCUUCAGCAAAGUACUGCGUAAAGGGUCUGCAUACUUAUAUAUUUCAAUUUGAUUUAUUUUUUAAUACAUUUGCGGAUAUUGUGUGUACAUUGAUGAGGAAAAACUAUUUAAUCUAUUUUAGAAUAAGGCUGUAACGUAACAAUGAAGGGGUCUGAAUACUUUCCGAAUGCACUGCAAAUGGCUAGAAUUUGAUUGUUUGAAGUGUGAUUUUAUGAUCACUUAAAAGCCCUUGUUUCAAGACUAAAAAGCUGUUGUUUACCUUUUUAAAAAUAUUUGUAAAUGCAUCAUGUCUAUUUGUUCGGGCCGCAGCACACCACUCAGAUUUUUUUCUGUCUCACCAAGCCCAAAAGUUUGAGCACCCCUGUUAUAGAGCAAUUGAUGUAAAUUGUUACAAUCACUUUCACAAGAUGAAAUCUGUCCUCAGCCAACCAGCUGUAAUUGGUUAGAGGCCAUACACUUAAUUAAUUUGCACCAAGAAUACCUUUUUGCUGACCUAAUCUGAUCCUCUCUUCCUCUUCUCAUAGCCCUGGGUCUGGAUAAUGAGAAGCCAGACUAUGACAUGGACUCAGAGGAUGAGACCCUCCUCAACAGGCUCAACCGCAAGAUGGAGAUCAAACCCAUACAGUUUGAGACCAUGGUGGACAGGUUGGAGAAAGCCAGCGCAAACCAGGUAACAUAACACCCUCCAUCUAGACCAGCAGCAAUUGUGUUAUCAAGAGAGCUUCUCUGUGCUAAUAGAAGAUUGACCGUUUUAGUGCCAGAGGACCUGGAUGGAAUGUUGCUUUAAGAGGCUUUGCUCUGGAAAAUAAUCAAAGGAAACACUGUAAUAAAUGAAACUUCCUUCUCCGUUUGCUCACAGCUGGUCACUAUCACAGAGGCCAAACUGCUACUGAAUGAGGAUGACUACCUCCUGAAGUCAGUGUACGACUACUGGGUGAGAAAGAGGAGGAACUGCCAGGGCCCGUCGCUCAUCCCCCUCAUCAAGCAGGAGAAGAGAGACGGCUCCACCAACAACGACGCCUACGUGGCCUUCAGACGGCGCACAGAGAAGAUGCAGACCAGGAAGGUGAGAAAGGAGAAUCACAUGGCUUGGUCUCCUCACACUUCGAUUAGAUGCAGUUUCAGUAUCGGGCAAUAAUUGUCUAUUCUUUCAAGGUUUGGAGCCUUGCACAAUUUCAUUUAUCGUUGUUUGUGUUGCAAGUAAUUUGUUUCAUGUUAGCUACAUUUACAUUUUUGUCAUUUAGCAGACGCUCUUAUCCAGAGUGACUUACAGGCGCAUUUCUGGUUAAGUGCCUUGCUCAAGGGCACAACGACAGAUUUUCACCUAGUCAGCCCGGGGAUUCGAUUCAGUGACCUUUCGGUUACUGGCCCAAUGCUCUUAACUGCUAUACGCUCCAUUGAUGUGCUCUCCAAGCAUUUUCAUGAAUAUCUCUGUACCCUAACUCAGUCAGGAUCUCUGCAGACCUGCUAACCUGCAUGCAUUUUGUAUACCAUGCAUGCACUUUGAGGUCAAAGUACGCUAGUAUGAAAAACUACCCAUAAAUAGGCUUUGAGUUGGCACAUUGUGGAGCUGAGCCAGUCAGAGGACUUGGGCGAGUCGUAGUACUAUUUUCCUCCCUCGAGCUGCUCUCCACUUCGUCUGUUGAUACCACUGAUGUGUGAGGAAAAAGGGUAGGGGAAAUGGAUAAGGAACCGUUUGCUAAAUACAUGUUCCAAAAUUGUAUGUGUUGGUCAAGCACAACCACUAUUAUUUCAUUGUUAGCUCCUUAGCUAAUGCGACGAAGGUAGUUAGCUACAUCGUUUAGUCAACUAAGGGAGAACACUUUCUUGCCCGCUAGCUUUGAUCUACGCAACGGUAGUAGGCGCGAGCGCAUUGACGAACAAGGAAGCGUGCAGUGUUGCGGUAGUUCAUUGUGUGUCACUGCGUGCAUGGAAAAACCAAAACAGACAUGGCAGAGAGCUGUUCCACUAAAACCGUCCUUCACGGAAAGUUAUUUUAGACUGUUAAAGAUUAGUAGGCCUGUCUUAAUUAAUCAGCUCUUGAUCUGUCCUCUUGAUAUAGCUGCUUGUCAACAGUACUAGGCUGCUAGUGAUGUGAUAAUAGUCAGUUCACCAAUGACAACAAAACAUUUUGAAUGAUUGGUAGCCUAGUAGUCUGACCUAACUUGAUGGAUUUGGUCAGGGAUGGAGAUCUGAAACAAGCUUAUAUAGGCCUAGACUACUACAUUGCAUACAGUAAUUGAAUUAUUCUGAAUUUUCUCCUCAAAUAAAAUUAGAGGCCAGUUUACAGGCCAGUUUACAUUUUCACUAGACUAUCCACAAAAAUACACCUAUUAAUUAGAAUAAUCAUUACCCCUAAAUUUCACCUAGAAAAAAGUGUAAUUGAGACCACAUCAACUUAAUUUAUGAUGAAAUACAAUACUUCUGUGUUGGCUACAUUGUUUUAUAUAAUUUAAGACUCUAGGUUUCAGGAAAUGGCAGUUACAGGUUUUUCAAAAAUACAAAAUGCUCCAACUUCCUGAGCGGGAUGUUGACUGACACCCUCCAGACCUCCCCCCUACCCUACCUUAGGCCUACAUCAGCACCACCUUGUCAUAAAAUCCUAGGGAGAGCCCUGAUUGUACAUUUAAACGUAUUUCUACUUAGCUAUUGAAGAGCAGCCAAUUACCAAGUACCCAUAAGUCUAUAGCCUACCACUCCUACUGAGGCAGUCUUUUGCCAACCUCAUCAUUAGGCUGAAAUCAUUAAGCAGUGUCUUGUCUGCCGGUGUUGCCGCCGCGCUGAAGUGGUACUCUUAAAAAUUAUUUAUGUUUGGCAAGUCUGCCUCUGUGUCGGCUUGAUGAUCCUGAGGGUUAGUAUAGUUGUUUGACCGUGUCGCUCUCUUGUUCAGAACCGUAAGAAUGACGAGGCGUCCUAUGAGAAGAUGCUGAAGCUCCGGAGGGAGUUCAGCCGCACGGUCACCAUCCUGGAGAUGAUCAAGAGGAGGGAGAAGAGCAAGAGAGAGCUGCUGCACCUCACACUGGAGGUGGUGGAGAAAAGGUGAGCCUUAAAAGCAUUGAGGGGUUAGAGGGAUGGUAGCCGGUGUGUGUGAGAUUGUGUGCCCUAUUAGUGCCUUGUUUCUCACAGUGUGUGUGAUUGUAGCCGGUGCCUUAUUAGUGUUGCAUGGUGUAACCCAGCAGGGCUUUCUGUGUCAGAGCAGAGCAGACUAGAGGUCAUGCUGAGUGAUAUAUUGCAGUUCUCACUUAGUUUCUAACACUGUAACACACUUCUUCUAGUCCUGGUUCUAAAAGAGAACAUCUUCUUUCAGCCUGUCCUUACAUGUUGUUGAUGAAUACUGUCAGUCAAUAUGAAUGAUGGACAAAUUACUACAAAUUGCUGCCUUUUUUCCUCCCUUCUGUCUUUUUUACCCUGUAUAUUGAAUUAAUGAAUGUGUUCCUAUUAUUUGUGUUUUGUUUCCAUGUAGAUGUCAGAUGGGUGACUUUACGGGUGAAGUCCUCAGUGAGGUGACGGCCCCUCUGGCUGAGAAACCCAUCUACACUGCUCCAAUCAUUCUAACCAACGGGAACCGCCAUAACCAUAAAGCUGAGGUCAAAAUCAAGGUAAUAUAUGGGCUUCUAUUGUCCAUAACAUUACCUCUUUCCUUUUACCUGAUGUUUUUACAUUUGACAAUAAAGCAGUUCAGAAGAGGGGAUGCUGCAGGAUGCACCGGCAGCACACUGAUUUACAUUUCAAGAAAUUAAAUGAUUCACAUGCAGCAAUGACCUCUUUUCACUCUGAACAUUUGACCAUGAAUAAAUCUUGUCUGUCUGGCUCUUGACUUCACAAUAUCUAAUUCCACACUUUCCCUUUCAGGCGCACAAGUCAGGUAGUCUCCAGCACCAUAGGCACCACCACGUCUCGGUGAAGGACGAGGAUCCCUUUGACUUUGUCAGACCAAAGAAGAAGUACACCAGGCGGGACCCCCUGUGCCGCCCUGGCAGGCCCACCAAGCGCCAGCACAUCGUUAACAAGGCCGAUAUCAAACAGUAUGACUUCCACAGCUCUGGAGAGGAGGAGGAGGAGGAGGAGGACUACCCACUGGUCAGUACCUCUGAGAACAGGGUUCUGAUGAUGACAAUAUCAUGGUGGAGAAGUUCAUACAUUAUGUCAUAUUUGGUUUGUGAGCAAGUAUGUAUUUUAAAGUCUUGUUUUUUUGGCCUCUUUCAGUCUCCGCCAUCAGAACCAGACGAGGAGAACGAUCCAGAUGGAGCAUUUGCCUUCAGAAGGAAAGCAGGCUGUCAUUACCUUGCUGUGAGUCUCACUGCAAUCAGAAGUGCAAUUGAAGUAUAUUCUCUCACAUUCAGUUCCGAUUCCACACAUUAUUACAGGGGCACGUUAGCUUUCAGAAAUGUUGAAAAUGCAGACCAUCCAAGAAUCUGUGUUUUUAAACCAUUUUCAUCUGCGUUUUAUACCAUUUCACCUGCGUUUUAUAUUGAAAGUCAGCACUGGCUGCGUCUGAAUACCCAUAUUAGCAUACAACAUACUUAAACUGCAUACUAUGUGCUCAUCGCCACAUACUAUUUAGCACGUACCGUUGAGUAGAAAAUAUGCAGUAUGCCGCAACGCAGAAGCGAUUCCUGUCUGGCUGAGUAGGUGGGGCGUGGCCUGUGUGCGGGUGGGUUUUCCCAAAUUCAACAGACAUGCAUCACAUUAACCAGCCUGAUAAUAGCUAAUUUCUAAUUCGAUUUUCUCUCAACUCUGAAUAGAAUAGGAAUGGAGUUAUAGGCCUAUUUAGGCUGGUUACAGGCAGACUAUCACAUUCGGCCUAUACCGUAGCCCAUUUAUCCUAUUUAAAAAGGACUGAAGACAGAAACAGAUCAUUUGGUUCCAUUUCAACAUAUUUAUUAGUGGAAACCAAAGUGCUGUAACAUAUAGAAAUUAAUUAAAAUAGCCUAGUACACACCAAAACUUUUCAAAUGUUCAAAUCAAAUGGCUAAAGUGAGAAGUGCAGCUGAAGCACAAAAUUAGUCCUUUUACGUUCAUGAUUUGGAGCAAACCCUGACUGAAGCCGUGCAGAAUUUCAAUAAGAAACAUUUUAGAUCUGCGUUUACAAGGUGCAGCAAUAUAUUUUUAUUUCCUUUUUUACAUGAAAAACGCAAAGUCCUGCGUUAACGCGGCCCCUGUUAUUAAUCUGUGACAAUAUUGUGGUAUUGGGUCUAGUCUGUGGGUAAGAUGGUAUUUGGUCCUUUCUGUAUGGUACUGUGCUGUAGGUAGCUAAAUGAGUAAAUGUUUCCUCUGUCUGUCUUUGCAGCCCUGUGUGGACCAGAGCUCUGGGCUCCUGUGGGAUCACCCUGAGCUGGCAGGGCUGGAUGCUCUGCGGCAUCGUCACUCCCUUACCGCCCUCUCUGUACCCCAACGCUGUGUGGGACUGGCACGCAGGAGGGUGGGCCGAGGUGGCAGGUAACCAACUCCUCUUAUCAUCCACCUCUCAAUAUCUCCUUUUUGGUUAUGUAUUCUGUUGAUUUAUUAAGGGCCAAUGAUACACAUGAACUCACAUUGUGAUUUCUCUAAAUGAAAUGUGCUUGGAUUGUCACUAAGAUUCCACAAAUUCCCCCUCUUCUCAGGAUCCUGUUGGAUCGGGCUUCAUCAGACCUGGACGGCGCAUUAAAGAAGCUGGACUCAGCCGUCUUCACAUCCUCCCCCUUCACCAGGCCUUGGGCUCCAGACCUUACUGAUCCCCGGCCCUCCUCACAGAACCACAGAACUAUGCCUGGCUCUGCCUCCUCACUGGCAGACAUCGUGAGCAACAUCCAGACCCUGAGGUGGCGCUGUUUCAGACCUAGGCCCACCCAGGGUGACGGCAGUGGGGACGGGAGGAUGGGCAGACCUUCCGUGGAUACCAGGUUGUCUGGAGGGCUGUUGGUUCACUCCAAGAACAGUGGCUCAGGUGAGUUCCUCCUCAACCCCACCCCAUGGUGAUUCUAAAGUCCACCCCUCCGUUUCUAUCUCUCAACGGCCUUUGCAUUUAUAUGUUGGAACCAAGCCGCUCCCAAACGUCAUUUAACUGUAUAGGCCUAGUUUCCAUGUUGGCUAUAUUUUUUAAGAAUGCUGCUUGCUGAACACAUUUGGUUCUCCAUUGAAAAUAGGCAGGUCAGAUGGGAUUUGUUUGGAUUUGGUUUUCUUUUUCCUCGUCAGCCCCCUGGUUGCAGGCUGUCGUCAUGUUUCUCUGCAGUAACUGUUCUUUCUCAGAACUGUCAGCAAGGGUUGAUUCAUAACUCCCAGUCAGACAUGAUUUGUGUAGGGAAGUGGAAAGGCUGCCACUGAACUGUAGACUGCUAGGGGGGGUUGCACUUCAAGGAACUUCCAGUCAAUCAGUUGUGGCCUCCACUCACUCCUAGCUGCAUUUUCUGGAAUAGCUCCACUAUGACCCCUAGUGUUAGGGAGUGGUAACCCAGGCAGUCUUCAUCUCCUCGCCGUAUCUUCCUACCUUCAAAGAUUACUACAGUUCUCCAUCUGCUCAUCUUCCCUCCCUCUUUGCUGUGUACACUCCCCCUCUCUGUCUCUCUUUCUCUCUCUUUCUGUCACUGUGUCUUUCCCUGUCUGAUGGUCUUCUCCCUGUUCUCCUAUACUGACAGGUGGUAUCACAGAGGAGCAGUACCAGACUCAUCAGCAGGCUCUGGCCCAGAUGCAGAAACAGCAGCUGGCUCAACUGCAGCUGAAAGCUCCUCCUCCCCAGCAGCAUUCCCCACUGCCAGAGCGACAAAACACACAAGUACACACACCAUCUUUCACCUCUUCAAAGAUAACUAUAUACACAGCAUUCCUAAUGACUUUGGUCCAGUAGGUGGGGCAGAAUUCAUUGUCAUUUGUAUUUAUAUGUUGAUAUGUUGGUAGGCUUCAAACAGCUCAGCGCAUGUUUUGAUGUCUGUUAUGGCAGUGUUGUUAUGUUCUAAAGACUGUCCUAAUAUUGUGUUGUAGACUUCUGGCUCCGCUGAUUGCAUCAUAUCAAAGACUCUGGACUCGGCUAGUGCCCAUUUUGCGGCAUCAGCUGUGAUCAGUGCUCCAGGCCAGGUCAACAAUGAGAACAAACCACACAAUACCAGCGUCAACGGGGUCGUCCAGCCUUCAGGUGAGCUUCGGAUGAACAUGUAGUCUAGAUUAGAACAUGUCAUACAUUUUAAUUCUCUCAGAUAUUCUAUUAUAGUUGGAUACCAUAGUGGGAUUGAGGCAUUGGUAAACUAUUGGAGGAUUGAAAACAGACUUGUUGGGUUGUUUCUGAUCAGGGGAUGCUAAAUGACCACCCCACCUCAUUAAUUUACUUGUAAGGUAUGUGCUUAUUCAGGUAAUAGGCCUACUCAGGUUUGACGGUGUCAUAUCACCUCUCCUGCAGGGACCUCCAGACCUUUUCACUCCACCAGCACAUCCCAGAGUGGCACAGGGUUGGACAGGUCAGGUCUUACCUCCUCCAGCGGAGGCCCUCUGCUACCUGCCCACGCCACCUCCUCCUCGCCCCAGUCUCUGCCCAACCAUCGGGGCCACGGCAGUGCUGUCUCUCCUGCCCACCACCACCACAACGCCAGACCCUCUGCCCCCUCGCCGUCUGCCUUAAAGCUGGCCACCGUGGCUGCCAGUAGCCUGGACCGCGUGGCCAUGGUGACGCCCGCCUCUGCCAUCAGCAGCAUGGCCAGGUAAGACCAGAAUACAUUUCAGUUGUAUAUAUUUUAGUAUGUCCGUAACUUCUGCCUCAUCAGCACACAUAAUAUAUCUCCGUAUGUCCAUAACUUCUGACCUGUCCAGCAAUUACUAUAAUAAUAAUAUAAUAUGCCAUUUAGCAGACGCUUUUAUCCAAAGCAACUUACAGUCAUGUGUGCAUAAAUUUUUACAUAUGGGUGGUCCCGGGGAUCGAACCCACUACCCUGGCAUUACAAGCGCCAUGCUCUACCAAUUGAGCUACAGAGGACCAUGAUUACUAGAUUCUUCAUUUCUUGUUCUUUCAUUUAGAAUGGCUGAUAUACAUCACUUUUGUUUUCAUUUUCCAGGCAUACGUAUUUGCUAUGUAUCUGAAUAAUUAAUUACUAUAUUUAUUCAUUUUUGUAGGGAUAAUCACGAACCUGAGAGACUUGCAUUGAACGGCAUAUCAGAGACCACAGUACCAAUGGAGGUGACAUAACCCCCUCCCUUCCUCCUCCCUCAUCCCCAUUCUGCUUAGACCGGUGAAUGUGACAAACGGAACACAAGCUCCAGCCGCAGCCACAAGAGGGCAAGUGUAUACAAGGACCUAUACAGAAUCGAGCAUAUCAAAAUAUUAUAACAAGUGUCAAUAUUAUAAAUGUACAUUUUGUAAAUUGGGAAUAUCACUACCUUGUAAGAUAGUAUAUUUGUAUCAUUAGUAUGUUUAUUUUUUUCUGUUAUGUGAAUUCUAGCUAAUUUGUCAUCAUGCCUUUGCACUUGAAAAAUGCAAACAAUAUAGUACAUGUCAAAAUGCAAAAACCAUUUGUGUUGGGAUCAUGAGAAUGAACCACGGAUCCUCUAUCACUUGUUUUCACUAUUUAUUUUGCAAUGUUUACAUUUUUGUAUCUAAAGAGAAAACAAAUCAGCAAAAUAUGUUUGCGAAAUAUGGACAUCAGUCUUGCUAGCAUAUUUGGUUCUUGUGCUUUUUUUUCUAACGAUGGAAAAAUGAGCCUGAUUUUUGAUUUGGUUUCACAAAUUGAAUAGUUAUGGUCUUUUUGUAAGUAGAUUAAUAGUGGCAUUUUUUCCCCCUUCAGGCAAGUAUUUUCUGUUACUUUGUCAGUUGUAACAGGAAUUGAUUUGUCUUUUUAAUUUUUUAUUCUGUUUUCUUUUCCUUUUUCAUUCGAUGCAGAAUUUUCCAAAAACAAUGAGGAAAUCUUAAAAAUGAGCCAUUCGCCAUACAAACCUAUUUAUUUACAUUUAAAUCAAAAUGACAAAUAAAUGCAUCCUAAAAUCAAUCUGCAGAUGUAAAGCAGGAAAACAUUUUUUAUAAUAUAUUUGCCUUUUUAAACGGGUAGGGAGUUUAAGCCAAUUAACAGUACACAUGAAUCUAACCAUUCUAUCUGUAAUGUAUUGCGUUGUAUAAUCUUGCACAUUACUUGGCAACUCUGUUGAACGACUACCCCUUUGGAUUGGGCGGUGCACAUCAAUAUUUUGGGGUAUUUUUUUUCUCCUUUGGUCAAGGGGCAAGUAACAUGUUGAAACGAUGUCUGAUGGUCAGUGAUUGACCUCCUGUAGAUUAGUGUAGUUGAUGUAGUGAAUUCCUGUACAUGUAUUAGAAACCUGUUUAGAUAAUAAUUAGUAAUGCCUAGUGUUCAUGCACUAUUUCUUCAGACAUACAUUUUUCCCUGUUACUUGUUCUUGGAGUGUUUCAGAAAAAAAUGCUGGGAAAUAAAUAAAUAUAACUAUACAUAUCAGUAUAACAA